AUCAAAGUUUAAUCAUCUUGCAGCAAGCACGUACGUACAACUCAUUACACACUCUGGUCUCUGCACUCAACUCAGCUCAGCUCAUCAUGCUCGGCCUUUACCCGAGGCUCUCGGCGAGCUCCCGCUCCAGCGAUGCGGACGCCGACGGAAACGACGACGUCUUCAGGUACCGCGCCUUCUACGGCAUCGCCGUCGCCUGCGUGGCCAUCCUCCUCUUCUGCGUGCUCGCCGCCGCCGUCGGCCCCUGGAGGGCCGGCGCCUUCGCGGCCGCGGUCGCGUCGCUGCUGGUCGUCCUCGGAUGCUUCGCGCCCAGGACAUCAUGUGUUCAUCGCCGGACGGGGAGGCCGGUGAGUCCCGUGCUUGCUCUCACGGCUAGGUCGGGCGGGCGGCCGCGAGCACCUGGCCGAUGCGCGCGCGCGCACGUGGUGGACGCGCCGCCGGCGUUCGCGUACGUGUGCCCGCUGGAGGCAGGCGACAGCGAGGGCGAGCUGGCGGCCCCAAGCUGCGUGAUGUGUCCGGUCUGCCUGGAGGACAUCCACGGCGGCGAGAUGGUGCGGCAGCUGCCGGCGUGCAGGCACCUGUUCCACGUGGAGUGCAUAGACAUGUGGCUGGACUCGCACAGGACGUGCCCAAUGUGCCGGUGCGUGAUCUCGCCGCCGCCACCGCCGAUGACAGCGAAAGCCUCGGAGCCGGAAGAGGCGCCUCAGUCGUCGGAUGAGGUGUUGCCACCGGUGUAGUUAUAUUUUUGCCCUAAAACUUGCACGUAGAAGUUGAGCCGAGUGUAUAUAUACUUCAGCUAUAUGUAAGUUGCCUGCAAUUUAUAAUGCGGCUGAGGCUGCGUGCUUAGCUUUUUUAUGUGUUGGCGUGAGUUUGAGAACAUGUAUAGACAUGAUUUGUGUGGUGGUCCUGUUGCUUUCAUUAUCUUUAAAAUGGAACCGGGAAGAUGAUCCCUGAUUUUCUAAAAAAAAGUUG